AUGAUGGCCGACAGUGGUGACCGUGUCGAGGAACACGUCGAGGCCUUCGACAGCCAGGAUUCACAAGAGUCCAAGCAGCAGAAUGGACCAUCACAGUCAUCAGGAGGCAACCCAAUCCACAACGAUGAGGCUCAUCUGGAUCCCAGCCGCUGGUGGUUCGCCAGCUCGGCAUUUCCGCUCAUCGCGGGAACACUCGGACCUGUCGCCAAUGCCUUCAGUAUAUGCGCGCUGGUUCGACCCUGGAGGCAGAGAUUUCCUCCCGGAUCCGACAUCGACAAGGCUGUUUUCGUCACAGACCCUAUUUGGCUGACCGUCAUAAAUGCCAUCCAAGUGGCCAUGGCUGUCAUCGCGAACCUUGUGCUCCUGCUCAACAUGGCCAGGAAGAUAAGGUUCUCAGUAGCGCAGCCAAUUACUAUAGUGACCUGGUAUAUAUCCUCUAUAUGCCUCAUCGCACUCAACGCCACAGCCGCAGGACCACUUGUGGAACAGCCCGAGAACGUCUUCAUAUGGUCACAGGCAUUUUACUACGGCAUCUACGCAGCCUGUCUCUAUUUCGUCUGCUCAUCCCUCAUGGUCGUGACCUUUUGGGGAGCAAUGAAGGGCCACUACUCCAAGGACUUCCAGUUGACUAAUAGUCAACGCACCCUUAUGCUUCAGACCAUCAUGUUCCUCAUGUACCUGCUUGUCGGCGCCCUAGUUUUCUCCACAAUAGAGGGCUGGCCAUACCUAGAUGCUGUGUACUGGGCCGACGUAACACUCUUCACUGUCGGCUUUGGCGACUUUUCGGCAGCAACCCCACUGGGUCGCGCACUUCUAUUCCCAUAUGCCCUGGUUGGCGUCAUCAGUCUCGGUUUGGUCGUUGGCUCCAUCCGAAGCCUUGUCCUAGAGCGGGGCCAGCGCCAACUGAGCGCCCGGUUAAUGGAAAAGAAGCGCAAGAGAACACUGAGGCGAAUGGUGCGCCGUGGGAAAGACGAUAUACUCAUUCCAGUCACAGACGAAGACGCCGAUGACAACUACCUUGAAAGGAGCACCUCCAGUCUUACCGAGUAUCAGCGCCGCAAGAGAGAAUUCGAACUGAUGAGGAAGAUUCAAAUACGUGCCGAACAUCGGAGGCGGUGGAUGGCUAUGGGGAUCUCGACAACAGUGUGGCUCAUGCUCUGGCUAGUCGGUGCUGCCAUUUUCCAGCAGUGUGAGGUUACAUACCAAGGCUGGACCUACUUUGACGGCUUUUACUUCGCAUUUGUCAGUUUGACCACCAUCGGCUAUGGUGAUGUCACACCUAUCUCGCCCGCCGGGAAGUCCUUCUUCGUCUUCUGGUCACUAUUAGCACUUCCCACUAUGACGGUAUUGAUUUCCAAUGCGGGCGACACUGUUGUCAAAUUCGUCCGGGAGGCGACGGACAAGCUAGGAACUGUUACGAUUCUACCAGACGAGAAGGGAUUCAAAAAGGCCUUGAAGGAGAUGAUAAAGCCACUGUCCUUGGGCCAAGUGUUUGGUGACGAUAGCGAUGUCGAGGAAAGCCCGCCGGGAGGCCUGGGUUUCGCAGAAGAGCACGACAACGAUACCGAAGAGGACGAGGAGUCCAGCGACAAGUCUACAGGAUCGCUAGACCGGGAAGUGGAUAACGGGACUGGCACGGGCGCCGGCAACGUACCAGUCAGCAAAGAUGGUAGAAAUAAGCGUGAUACACUGAGUGCGCCGACCCAGGCCGACUCUCCAACCAGUGACACGGAUCGAUCCGCGAACGCCAUCCGCCGAUCGUCUACGACACCAGUCCAAGCUUCAACGACUAAGGGCCACCUAAGCUUCAAAGAGCCUCCAGGCCGUCCGUCGUCGUCCAAAAAUGGCAGCUCCGGCAUAGAGCGUUCCUUUACGCUGAACAGCAACGGCCGUGGCGCCAAGAAGGAUCAGAAAGACAUCAAGUCACAAACCCUUAAGAUGAGCCGCGCAGUCUCCAUGCCUCGGACAUCAGCCGAGAUUCCCCGCGACGUGCCUACGGACCCCUACGACUACCACUUGCUGCUGAUUGACGAAAUCGGUCGAGUGACGCAGCACCUCAAGUCCCGACCCCCGCGUAAAUACGACUUCCACGAGUGGGCCUGGUACCUGAAGCUGAUCGGCGAGGACGAAUCCAGCGCGGACACCCACAAGAAGGCAGUUCCGAAGAGCAGGAAGAAGGGCAAGGGGCAGGACCAGGACCAGGGAGCCGAGGGCGGCAUGCGAGAAGAACCCGACAAGUUGCAGUGGAGCUGGGUCGGCAGCCGGAGUCCACUUAUGGGGAGCCAGGAGGAGGCAGAGUGGAUCCUGGAGAAGCUGGAGCAGAAGUUGGCGGGGGAGUUGAGGGCUGUCAGGGAUGCUGCCAGGAAGAGGGGUUCCGGGGGGUGA